AUGGUAAUCAAACAUUUUAAGAACAACAAAUCACCUGGCCCAUAUGGGUACAAUAUGGAAUUUUAUAAAGUAGCUUGGGAGAUGAUAAAAGAAGAUGUUAUGGCAGUAAUAAAAGAAUUUGAGAAGGAACAGAAGCUAGAUUGGAGAACAAAUGUGUCCUUCAUAAGUCUAAUUCCAAAGAAAGAGCAAGUAGGCACUCCUCAAGACUUCAGGCCAAUAAGCCUGAUUUCUCACCCGCAGUACGCUGAUGAUACUCUAGUAUUCUUAAAUGCUAAUGAAGAUGAAGCUGAAAAUCUGGUUAUGAUUUUACAAAUCUUUGAAGCUAUCACUGGAUUGAAGGUGAAUUUCAAUAAAAGCUCGGUGAUAAGUAUAGGAGCAGAUGCCAAAAUUGAAGCCAUUGCAGUAAUACUAAACUGCAAGAUAGAGAAGCUCCCUCUCAAGUAUCUUGGAAUGUCAGUUGGAGCUCAAACUAGAAAUGCUGCAAUUUGGGAUGUAGUGAUUGAAAAAUUCCAAAAGAAGUUAGCACCAUGGAAGAGAAAAUUUUUUACCAAAGCAGGAAGAUUAUUGCUCAUCAAAACAACACUUUCAAGCCUUCCCAUAUAUUACAUGUCAAUCUUUCAGAUGCCUGUUAUGGUAGAACAAAAGCUCAAUCAAAUAAUAAGAAGAUUUCCGUGGGGUGCAACAACAGAGAGAAAAAGAAUAAAUUGGGUUGCUUGGGAAAGAGCUUGCAGACCAAAGAAUCUUGGUGGUUUGGUUAUUAGAAAUCUAAAACUCACCAAUAAAGCAUUGAUGGACAAGUGGUCAUGGAGAUUUGCAAAAGAAAAGAAACAAUUAUGGAGAAGAAUAAUACAAGAAAAGAUGCAGACUCAGAGCAAAGCUCUAUGGGUGAAAGAUUCAAAUAAAUCCCAGGGCAGAGGAAUGUGGAAGAAUAUACAAAAACAAAAACAGAUAGUGGAGCAGCUCCCUAUAACACAGAUCAACAAAGGAGAUACAAUUAUGUUUUGGUGGGAUUGCUGGACAGGAACUCAAUCUCUGAAGCUUCAAUAUCCAAACAUUUACAACCUCUCAACAAGCAAAAAUGGCACUGUCAAAGACAUGAUACACAAUAAUGCUUGGAAUUUGAAACUUAGAAGAAAUCUGACUCAACAAGAAAUUCCAGAAAUGCUGGCAUUGUUUGCAUUUUUAGGUACUCCCCCAACACUUAAUGAUGAAGAAGAAGACGAUCUAGUGUGCACAGCGACUGGAGGUUUUAAUGCAAAAAUUUGUUACAAUUGGAUGAUGGAACAAAUUCCAUCAACACAUCCUACAGUUCCACAUCAUGUAUCUGGAUUCAAGCAGUGCCUCCAAAAGUACAGUUCUUUGUCUGGACAGCAGCUCAGAAUUCAAUUCCUACAACUGAUAACUUGCUACAAGCAUGGAAAUAUAGGAGAGGAAGGAACAGAGGUCGCAAACUCUGGCCACUGA